CAGAGAGAGAAUAAAAAGAUGCAACCUUUCUUCUUCUUUGUGUUGUCAGAUCACAUCAUCACUCUCUUUCUUCGUCAUCAUCGUCGAAACUCUCUGCGUAAAACUGUUUGCACUGGUGGUGUGAGAGUGCUGCUAGAGAGAGUUUAAAGAUGCAACCUUUUUGCUUAUCAUCAUAUCACUGUAGUCUCUUUUAAUUAUUUUUUGUUUUGUUUUAAUAACUGUCUGCAUAAACAAAACAGUCCUUCACUUGGUGGUGUGUUGCGAGAAAGAGAAAGAGAGAAGAAGAAAGUGUUGGUUUGGAAGAAAGAUGAUAACGUGGCAGCGAUCAGUGAUCGUUCUUUCGAGUAGGCUCGAAUCUGUUUUGGAGAAGAUAUACGGCAAACACAAAUGUCCUCCCAUAAACGAAGAGUCAAGGCAGAGACUUUCUUCGAUUCCAGAAGAUUUAGCUUUCGAUUUGCUCAGGAAAGCUUUUAAUUCCCCGGGGAUAUCCAACCUCGACCGCUUCAUCGCCUCUAAGCUUACCCACGCCGUUACUGUUACAAGCUCUCCGACGAAGUCUGCUUCUUGUUCCUCUCAAGCUCCUUCUUUGACAAGACAACAAGUCAAUGGAGGAUCUUCUCUUCACAUUCCUCCUCCUCAGCUCUUACUAGCUUUGAGUGAACUUGAAUUCAACAAGGCCUUUCUCUUGCUUACCUACAUUCCUGGGAAAGAUCUGAGUCAGGUUAAAAUAACUGCUGAUGAGAUUAGAGGAUGGAAGGAUUUGUCUAUGGUUGCUUAUGAAGCUGCCGUUUGGGACAGUUUGGGACAUAAAUUUUGUUCCCCAACAGACCGUAGAUUGUCACUGGAAUGGGAUAAUGAGAAGACUAGCUACUACCAGUGUCAUGUUGCUUCGGAUGGCAGUUACACAUUCAAGGGCCCUCUUCUUGAACCCACUGGAACACACCUGCAUAAGGUCUUGGGUGAUGCUAAUGUUUUGACGGUCAAAUUUGAGGAUGUCCCGAGAAACUCAUCAACCGACCGUUACACUACAUACAGAAGGAUUGCCAAGAAUGGUAUCAUGCUUGGGUUACGUCGUUAUCAAUUUUUUGUUUUCAAAGAUGGUGGAAAAGAAGAAAAGAAGAAAGAUUUUUCUACAAAGGGAGUGAAAUGCUACUUCAUACGCACAGACUCCACAUCUGCGAAUGAUAUGGGAAGUCCCUACAUCUUCUCCGGGAAGUCAGUUUAUGAAGCUCGCAUGCAUUUUAUGCAUGUCCACACAUUGCCAUCUUUGGCCAACUGCAUGGCAAGGUUUUCAUUGAUUCUAUCAAAGACUAAGAAGCUUGAAGUUGACAUGACUGGGAUCACCUUUGAGAAAAUCGAUGAUAUACACUGCCAUGAUCAAAACAAUAAUGAUGUUCUUGAUAAGAAUGGGAAACCAUGUAUACAUUCAGAUGGCACUGGCUACAUCUCUGAAGAUCUUGCUCGGAUGUGUCCAGUAAACAUAUUAAAAGGAAAAUGUCUCAGAAAUGAUAAUGUUCAAACCCCUGUUCAAGACCCGCCUCUUCUGAUCCAAUUUCGGAUGUUUUUUGAUGGCUAUGCUGUUAAGGGAACUUUUCUCUUAAACAAGAAACUUCCUCCUCGGACUGUCCAGGUUCGACCUUCUAUGGUCAAGGUCUCUAAAGAUCCAGCUUUGUCAGAUUUUAGCACUUUUGAUUCCCUAGAGGUUGUCACAACAAGUAAUCCACCUAAAAGAACAAAGUUAUCAAAAAACUUGGUGGCGCUGCUUAGCUAUGGAGGAAUCCCUGAUGAAUUCUUUCUGGAUAUAUUGCUCAACACCCUGGAAGAGUACAAAACCAUCUUCAACAACAAACGUGCUGCUCUUAAAGCUGCCCUUAACUAUGGGGAUAUGGACGAUCAGAACGCUGCACAAAUGAUUUUGGUUGGUAUCCCACUUGACGAACCACACUUGAAGGAUCAUUUGUCUAUUCUUUCAAACACAGAGAAGAAUGAUCUCAGAGCAGGAAAGCUUCCUGUGAGUGAAUCAUACUACCUCAUGGGUACUGUUGAUCCCACCGGAGAGUUGAAGGAAGAUGAAGUCUGUGUCAUCCUUGAGUCUGGCCAAAUCUCAGGGAAUGUGCUAGUUUACAGGAAUCCUGGACUACAUUUUGGGGACAUACAUGUACUUAAGGCUACUUAUGUUAAGGCCUUGGAGGAGUAUGUAGGAAACUCCAAGUAUGGUGUCUUCUUUCCUCAGAAAGGUCCAAGAUCUUUGGGAGAUGAGAUUGCAGGUGGUGAUUUUGAUGGUGAUUUGUAUUUCAUCUCCAGAAAUCCAGAGCUACUUGAACACUUCAAACCAAGUGAGCCGUGGGUGAGUUUGACUCCUCCUACUAAAGGCAACUCUGCUAGAAAGCCAAGCCAUCUUUCACCAGCGGAGCUGGAGGAAGAGCUUUUCGAUAUGUUCUUGAAGGCAAGAUUUAAUGCUAGCAAUGUUGUAGGGAUGGCUGCUGAUAGCUGGUUAACAAUAAUGGACCGCUUCCUCGUGCUAGGAGAUGAGAACGCUGAGGAAAAAGCUGAAAUGAAGAAGAAAAUGUUAAAGUUGAUUGAUAUAUACUAUGAUGCUCUUGAUGCACCAAAGAAAGGUGCUAAGGUCUUUCUCCCAGACGAGCUGAGGCCUGACAUUUUCCCACACUACAUGGAGCGUGAUCAGAAAUUCAAGUCCACUUCUAUUCUUGGAAUGAUCUAUGACUUUGUUAAAUCACAGACAGCAGAGGAACACAAACCAUCAGCUGAGAUCAGUAAACUUGCGUGUUUCGAAGAUGAGCCAGUCUCUGAUUAUCAUAAGAAGAAAUGGGGACAGUUGUAUGAAAAGUACAGAAAGGAGAUGAUCCAGGCGAUGGGUAACAAAGAUGAAUCAGCCAAUGAAGUUAUCCAGAGAUACAAGCAGGAGUUCUAUGAUGCUGCAGGGUUUGAAGACAACAAGAAAAGUAUCGAAGAACUUUAUCCGCAAGCCUUGGCACUUUACAACGUCGUUUACGACCAUGCAAUCAUAAUGGAUAACGUUCGAAACUGUGGGUUUGCCUGGAAGGUUGCAGGACCGAUCCUGUGCAGGUUCUACCUUGAGAAAAAGCAGGGAAAAUCCUUACUGUGUUCACUCCCAAUGCUUAAAGAGCUUUGGGGUUGAUCACAAAGCACUUGUUAUCUGCCCUGUUCUUGUAUUAUAUAAAUAAGCCUUUUGUUGUGAUCAUAAGAAGCGUGUGAGUCAAGUAUCUUACCUUGGUAAAAACCUAAUCUAUAGGUGAAGCUAUCCGUUCCAGACGUGAUGUAGCACCUUUUGUUUUUAGUUCUAAAUCUACCUCUUAUCGUCUAUUGUAUGAUACUUUCGUGUGUAUUUGCUUAUGAACUGUUCUUAUAAAAAAUUAUGUUAAAUAUCAGUUAGUUA